UGUAAUGCCCUCCGCCGCCUGGCACUUGGCAAUGACAGCAAUGCUGAUGGACUUUAAAAGCAGCGUUUGAGGUUUGGCAGAGGCAUAUGUUGAGUUCUGGGUUUCGGGGCUGGUUUCGAUUGGCCAUUGUGCUGGUUUCGUCACACAGACCUGGCAACCCUGCUCCUCCCUUGCCUCGACAUAAUGAGCUGUUCAGCGGUGAAAACAUGGAGUUAUUUUGCGAAUAAGUCCACGACGCAGACAGCAGUCAGGCGGAUAGCCUUCCUGCACAGAAAAGAGGAGGUGGACAUACAGAGGUCUUUUGUGCUGAGGAUCACCGCAGUCCACACACCCCCCUCACCUGGAGAGGAGCCUCGCCCUGGUCUGCGGUAACUGUUGGACUCCCCAGUGAAUCAUUUACCACAUCAGUCUGAAUACUCCUUCCAUAACAUCCUCCGCUGGACAAACAGCAGCAGAGGAAAAGAACACCAAGGUCACUGUUCAAGUAUAAGGACCCCAAUCGGUGCCAAAAGGAAACAGCACAUCAUAUACAGUGUUGAUGUCACAAACUGAUUGACGUCCUUUUCCAGGUCCUUUUCUGGCUGACCCGCAGCACUUGGUAACAACCAAGAUUAAAUCACAUUUGCAGUGGAGAAGUUGACCAUUAACUUCCCCCGCUGAUUGCAAACACCUCUUCACUUGUAAGCAGCUGCUUCUGUACAGUGGAUCCUGAAGCAAAGUUCACUGUCACAGGCAGCAGAAGUCUGUCAAACGGACAGAUUUAUAUUUUUCUCAAUUUUUGGAGGACUAUCUGCAAUCAACAAUCAUGGCUAAACCAAGUUAUGGAUACUACAGAGGAACUAUAUUUCUGGCCAUGUUUGUAGGCUACACGCUGUACUACUUUAACAGAAAGACCUUCUCCUUUGUGAUGCCUUCUCUAAUGCAAGAGAUUAAGCUGGAUAAGGAUGAUCUGGGCAUGAUCACCAGCAGUCAGUCUUUGGCCUAUGCUAUCAGUAAGUUCAUCAGCGGUGUGCUGUCGGAUCAGAUCAGCGCCCGCUGGCUCUUCUCCAUUGGCCUGUUCAUGGUGGGAGGCAUCAAUGUGGUCUUCUCCUGGUCCUCCACUGUCGCUGUCUUCUCCGCCCUGUGGUUUCUCAACGGCCUUGGCCAGGGCUUCGGUUGGCCUCCCUGUGGCAGGGUGCUGCGGAAGUGGUUUGAGCCCUCUCAGUUUGGGACAUGGUGGGCAGUUCUCUCCUGCAGCAUGAAUCUGGCUGGCAGCUUGGGCCCCAUUAUUGCCACAGUGCUGGCCCAGACUUACAGCUGGAGGACGAUACUUUCAGUCUCGGGAAUGAUUUGCUUGGCGGUCUCCUUUCUCUGUCUGCUGGUCAUCAAGAAUGAGCCUAAGGAUGUGGGGCUGCCCAAUAUAGAGGCCAAGAAGAGCAAAGGAGGACCCUCCAGUGAUGAAAGCACCCUGUCUGAGUUUCUGCUGUCACCUUACCUGUGGCUGCUAUCUGUGUCCUACCUGGUGGUUUUCGGGGUGAAGACGGUCUGCACGGACUGGGGGCAGCUGUAUCUCAUUCAGGACAAGGGCCAGUCUACACUCAUGGGUAGCUCAUACAUGAGUGCCCUGGAGGUUGGAGGCCUGCUGGGCAGCCUCGCAGCAGGUUACAUCUCUGACAAAGCUGUGGCCAAACAAGGCAUGAGAAUCUAUGGCAAUCCCCGCCACUUCAUCCUGAUCUGCAUGAUGGCUGGAAUGUUUGUGUCCAUGUAUCUGUUUAGAGUCACGGUUACUCCCGACAGCUCAAAGGUGUGGAUUCUCAGCUUGGGUGCUGCUUUUGGUUUCUCCUCUUAUGGACCAAUAGCAUUGUUUGGGGUUAUAGCCAAUGAGAGCGCCCCGUCCAACUACUGUGGGACAUCACACGCCAUUGUUGCCCUGAUGGCCAACAUUGGUGGCUUCCUGUCUGGACUACCAUUUAGCACAAUUGCCAAGCACCACGGCUGGGAAAUGGCCUUCUGGGUAGCAGAGAUCAUCUGUGGUGUCACCACUGUUGGAUUCUUCCUGCUGCGCAACGUCCGAACCAAGAUGGGUCACGCGUCCAAGAAGACCCACUAAAACAUCAUUACACCUCAUCCUCUGCAUCCAGAGAAAAACUGAAUAUUUUAUGUCAUCAUUGUAUUUUCAUAUUUUUCUUGUUUUUUUUGAUACCGCAGUAUUUUUUUCAGUCAGUCAUACAGCUCACAGAGGUUGAGCAUUUCUUCUUAAAAAACCUGUUUUGCGAGGUGCUUCUCGACAUACAGUAUUUACAGUCUGUAAACACUGCAUCGGUAACCCAACAACAGAACAUAAAUUACUACACAUUAUGUAUUGUCAUGUAAUGGAAUAUGGCAAAAACACGACUAGAGAAAUAUUUUCGCUCUUAAGGCCGCUGAAGCCUUACAGUGACAAGAGGACAAAACUGGAACCUGGUUCAGAAACUGGUAUAUUAUUCAAUAUUCUUGUUUUUUUUUUUUUUAAAAAAAAAGCAAAAAAUGAAUCAUGGGAGGAAUUACAACACCAAUACAAUGCUCAUCUUUUUUUUUUUUGAGGAAAACACAAUGUGUGGUCUUCAUUAUGAGAACAGUCAAAGGCUUGAAUAAAUGAUACUUUGUUGUUAUGU